AUGGUUGAAUUAAAAUCUUUAAUUAGAAUCAUCUUGUUUGUAGCAGCUGCACCAAGGAUUAGUGAACCUAAGGCCAAGUAUUCUGUUUCUGUAGCAAGAAAGAAGCCUCAAAGAAAGCCACGUUCAGGUGGUGAAGUUGCCAAAAAGCCUGCCAAACCUGUUGCAGCAAAUUCAAAACCAGCUGAUAAGAAAGUGGAGGUUGAUGCACGAGAGAGRAGGAGAAGAGAACUUAUUAAUCAACAGGAUCAGCAAUACAAUGAUUACAUGAAGAAAGUGCAGCAACAGCGUUGGGAAAGACAACAAAGAGAGCAUAUCAACAAAGCCAGGGAGCAAGCUUGGAAGAACACCAUGAGUGUUGGACUCUCGCCUGAUAAAGGUAAUGCUGCUGCAAACCAACAAGCUGUUGUGAAUAAAGAUCCUCAACCGAUGCACAAGUACAAAAGACCUUUGUCUGCCGUWGAGCAGAAAGAAAACAUCCCAGARCCAGCRCCUAARCCUGYCAGACCUGCUUCUGCUAAUUCCAAUGUCAACCCUGCCUUAGAAGCAGCAAGACAAGGUCAAAUCAACAGAGGUUAUGGUGCUGAGGCUGCAGAGAGGGCACGUAUCAAAGAAGAAUUCUGGAGUAGGAAAAGAGCUGCUGCCAUGAAUAAGAAGCGUGGCCAGGCAGAUUAUGGAGGAUAUGAGUAUAAACCUCCAAUACAACCUAAAGGUUAUAAUGCACAAGCAGGAAAUAUGGGCCGCAACCAUCAGGAAGAGGAUUAUCUUUCAAGACUGGAAGCUAUUCGCAGACAAAAUUAYGCCGAACGUCGUGAAAUACAAAAGCGAAUGGCUGGUGUAAGGGGCCCUGCAGAAGYCCCCAAGAAAGAUGAUGUUUCUGGAGAUCCAAGAUAUGAUCCUGAAGCAAGAAGGAAAAAGAUAGCUGCUUUGAAGAUGCAAGCAGAAGAGCGAGCUGCUAUGUUACGUAAACAACUUGAUGAAAAGAAGAAAGCAGUCCUGGAAAGACUGAAUAAAGCAGGGAAAGAGAAAUGGGAAGAGGAACAAAAGAAAAUUAAAGCGGAAGAAAAAGUGUUUGUGCCUUCCAGACGAGCUGUUCCUGAGGAAAAACCACCUAUAGCUGUUGCCGCUGUUGGCUUGGAAACAGCCUUAAAGCAAGUUGGCAUAGGAACCCUUUAUCGUUCAAAUUCAGAGAAUGAUAUACCAAAGAUAUCUAAAGAAGACGAGCAUGUUGUGAGAAAGCAGUGGGGUGAUAUACCAUUUAAGCCAAGAAUGUUGCCCUUGGAGGUCACUGCCUCACACAUGGAAGCUACCAGUGUAAAUGAUGCUGUUAUCAAACCAAGUGAUAACCAUGCUGCUAGAAAACAGUGGGGACAACAAAAGACCCAAGUUGUCUCUGCACUGGAAAAAAUCAAAUUACAAACUCUACCAGUGUAA